AUUCCUCACCUAAAAAGAGGUCAAAGUUCACCAAGUCAACGAUAUAAAUAGAGGUAGAACCUCCUUCUUCUUCUUCCUAAUUUCGUUUCAUAUUUUCUCUGUAAAAAUUAAAAUUAAAAUUAAAAUUAAGGAAAAUAGCUAUGGAAGAAAAGCACGUAGCUUUCGAUUCGAUCCCAGUCGAGGACCAAGAGAUCGCCAUUAAUGCUCAUACCAACACCACCUCCAACAACAACCAUGGCUGGGAGAAGGUUGUUCCAAGGCGUCAGAGGAAGAACAAACCCUCUGCUGCUUCUUCCGAUUCGCAUCCCAAUAAACUCGCCGCUUCCUCCAAUGGUUCCGUUCCCGGAGCCGAUAACGUAUUCCGUUCACUGGAGAAGAAUUCAGAGGAUAGGCGAAGGAGAAUUGCUGAAGCUCAGAUGUUGGCCAAUGGUGCUGAUGUUACUGUUCCUGUUAGAUCGAAGACUCGUUCUGAUGAUGCGGAUGCGUACGAUAGUGAUGAUGAAGACUCGGCGGAGAAUGCGAAGGUUGAGGAAGUUAAGAAAGUUGUGAAGCCUAAGAAGCCUAAGAAACCUAAGGUUACUGUGGCUGAAGCCGCGGCUAAGAUCGAUCCGGAUCACCUUUCGGCUUUUCUUGUUGAAAUUUCGGCAUCGUAUGAGUCUCAACAGGAGAUUAGGCUGAUUCGGUUCGCUGAUUAUUUUGGGCGAGCAUUCUCGAGUGUGAGCUCGGCGCAAUUUCCCUGGAUGAAAUUGUUCAGGGAGUCAACUGUGGCUAAGAUUGCCGAUGUCCCUCUUUCUCAUAUAUCUGAAGUUGUUUAUAAGACAUCAGUUGAUUUCAUCAACCAGCACUCCCUCGAGGCACUUGGAUCUUUUGUGCUGUGGUCUUUAGAGAGCCUUCUUGCUGACUUUACAAGCCAUCAAGCUGGUGCGAAAGGCUCUAAAAAGGCUGCUCAACAUGUUUCAUCAAAAUCUCAGGUUGCAAUAUUUGUGGUUGUAGCAAUGGUAUUACGAAGGAAACCUGAUGUCCUAACUAGUUUAUUGCCAACAUUACGGGAAAAUCCUAAGUAUCAAGGACAAGAUAAGCUUCCACUCAUCGUAUGGAUAAUGCUCCAGGCCUCUCAAGGAGAUCUGGCUGUAGGUCUGUAUGGAUGGUCACGUAACCUGUUGCCUUUAGUCAGUGGCAAAACUAAUAAUCCACAGUCCAGGGAUCUGGUUUUACAGUUCGCGGAGAGGAUCUUAGCUACCCCAAAAGCACGAACUAUUUUGGUGAACGGUGCCGUCAGAAAGGGGGAGCGUUUGAUUCCACCUUCUUCAUUUGAAAUAUUAGUGCGAGUUACAUUUCCAACUUCGUCGAGUAGAGUGAAGGCAACUGAAAGAUUCGAGGCCGUAUAUCCCACCCUAAAAGAGGUAGCUCUUGCUGGCUCCCCUGGUAGCAAAGCAAUGAAGCAAGUUGCACAGCAGAUACAAAGCUUUGCAAUUAAAGCAGCUGGAGAAAGCCCACCGGAAUUGGCCAAUGAAGCAUCUGGAAUCUUUAUCUGGUGCUUGACCCAAACCGCUGAUUGUUACAAGCAGUGGGACAAGGUUUAUCAAGACAAUUUGAAAGCAAGUGUAUCUGUCCUGAAAAAGCUCUCCGAGCAAUGGAAACAGGUGUCUGUGAAACUUUUCCCUCUUGAUUCCUUGAGGGAAACUUUAAAGAGUUUCAAGAACCAGAAUGAGCAGGCAUUGGCUAAUGGGGUCGAUGGUACUGAACAAGCACUCUUCAAGGAAUCGAACAAGUAUUGUAAGCAGCUAUUGGGAAAGGUAUCACGUGGCCACGGGUGUCUGAAAAGCAUUGUUGUUGUUGUUCUUGCCGUUGCUGUGGGCACUGCUGUCAUGUCCCCAGACAUUGAGUCAUGGAACUUGGAGAAACUGUCGAUGCUCGUCAACUCCUACAUGCCGCAUUAAGCUGAAUAAUACCCACCCAAAAACCGCAGUCGGUGGUUCAAAUCAUCGGUUUCUAACAGCAUGGACAACAACAACAACAAAAAAAAGUAGUUGCACCCUUUAAAUCAGGUGGCGGAAAUGAGAGGUUCCAUGUAUACUUUUACGACUCCCCGGUGGUAUAAGAAACUAGAAAUAGUAUAAAAGGUUAAAAUACUGGUUGGAAACUUUGAGAUGGUUUGUGCCAUUUUAGGACUUUUGGUUCUUCUGUUCAUUUCCUUUUUCUUUUUCUUUGGAACCCUUUUAAGCUAUUCACCUCUGACAUAUAUAGUUUCACUCAAAAAUUCAAAUGAGUUGGAUACACAUGAUGUAGCUUGGGAUUUGGUAUAAUUUAAAUUCGAAAGUAAUCUUAUGACAUUUGACAUGAAAAAUGUCACUGUUUUUUGCCAACAUGUACUUCUGUAUAUUUGGUUUUGCUUCAAUAACCACAAUUAAAACCCUUAUUGCUGAAUA